GUUCUGCGCGUGCAGAGGUCGCGUCCCGUGUCGCGUGGUUGCCUGAGCAGCAGCAGCAGCGAGGAGGAGGAAGAGAGGCGAGAGCGUGGCUGUUGUUGCUACUCGUGGUGGUGGUGCUGCUGCUCGUGGUGGUGGUGGUGGAGGUCUAGCUCGUGGUGCUGCUCGUGGUGGUGGUGCUGCUGGAGGAGAGUGCCGAGGCCGGGCGCGGUACUCCAAGCCGGACUAAGACCAGGGACCCGUCCAGUGUCUUCCUCUCCUCUCUCUCUCUCCGUCACCGGUCUCGCCGCACGAUGCUGGGGGCGCUGCGCUUGUGCCGCCAGCUGAGCAGGCAGGGAGGGGUUCCCUGCGCCCUGCGCUGCCUGGGCACCUCGUCUCUGCGACCCGCGGACGCGCUCGCGGCGCCGCCCCUGGACGCGGACCCUCACAAAUUCUCGCCCAAGGUCCAGCAGCUCGUGAGCGACAUCACGAGCCUCAGCCUCCUCGAGGUGGCGGACCUGAACAAGCUGCUCAAGAAAACUCUGGACAUCCAGGACGUGGGGUUUAUGCCGAUGGCUGCUGCCACCUCAGCCGCGGCGCCUGCCGAGGCGGAGGAGGACGCUCCGGUCAAGAAGGAGAAGACUCACUUCGUGGUUCGCCUCACGGAGGUGCGUGGCUCCGACAAGGUGAAGCUCAUCAAGGAGGUGAAGGCCUGCAUACCCGGGCUCAACCUCGUGCAGGCCAAGAAGCUGGUGGAAUCGCUGCCGCAGGAGAUCAAGGCCAACGUCCCCAAGGAAGAGGCCAACCAGCUCAAGGCCGCACUGGAGGCCGCGGGGGGCCUCGUGGUGCUGGAGUAGCGGCGCUGGCACGUGGGUCCCCAGGGGGGUGGGGAGAGCGAGCGGCGAUCAUAGUCGAAGGCCGCGAUGAACAUUCGCAGCGUGUUUUUGUGGCCCUGAGAAAAGUGAGAGUUUCCCGGUUGACUCGCGAUUUGCAUCACCAGAACGUGAGCACUUGGACGAAGGGUGGCCAUGCAGUGAGAGGGGUUUGAAGCCACCGCGGAGAAGGAGGUGGGGGGGUAGAUUGUCUUGCCGGAUGCUUGAGGGAUUCCGACAAAAUGCAACCGUAUGUGUCCUCGUCAUAUUUUGCAUCAAUAAAGUGUUCUUUUGAAA